UUAUUUAGCCACAAAAUCACCGUGUGUGUCGGCAUGUAUGUUAAUUUACUGAGAGGAGAUGUGUCUGUAAUCUUGUGCGCCUGCAGGCAGAGAGAGAGCUCCAGACGCAGAGACUGGCCUGGAUGCAGUCAGAAAGUUUGUUUCGGCUUCUGCAGGAGAUGAUCCAGGACCACUGCGUCAGACAGCAUCACAACAGUACCUCCUCGGAGGAUAACAAGUUCUAUGAAACCAUGGAGCAGUGUCUGUUGGUGGCCCAAUGUGUAAGGCAGUUGGAUCCCAGUUCCACCACCAGUCAGGAGCAGCCGCCUCUGCUGGGACUCUCUGCUAAACACGUCCUGGACCUUAUGCCUCCUGAGAAGGCAACAUAGUAUCACUGAGAUCAUCAGUAUCAGCUCCAUCUCCACCAUCAAGCCCCCUGGCAGUCCUACGGGCAGCCCUUCCCAUAAUACCAUCAUCACUGCCAAACCUAAGCAGUAUGUCUUGCAACUCCAACACCAGUGGCAGCACCAGCAUCGGAUGCAGUCUAACCCAUAGACUCAUGGUGCAGUGAUCACUAUGGAACAGCAGAUGUCACAGGCCCUGAACGCACCUGUAAUGCUAAAAAAAAAAAUUAGAAUUAAUAAUGAUAAAGUUGUGACCUGAUUCAAUAUUUGAGAACAUAAUGGAAAAAAGAAAUCUCUGUUCAUGUGCAUCUUUUCAACAUCUUGAGUGGGUGAUAUGAAUAGCUGUCAUGAGAGUAAAGUGUUUCUUCAAAUCCAUCAGGACAGAAUAAGGAACAAUGUGAUCAAUGUAGCUAGUGCCUGCAGAUUUCACCUUCUGAUUGGGGUUGAGAUGCAGAGAACAUCAACUAUUACCAGGGAAGAAGGAUGUGGAGACCUUAGCGAUGGAGUUGACUUUGCCUCUCAGGAACAAAGAAAAUAGUCAACAGUGAGGGUGAGAGAAAAGAGAAAAGUAGGAAAGAGUUUGUGUGGAUUCUUGGCUUCUCAAAGAAGAUAGUUUUCAAUGAGAAAACUGGAGUAAAAGGACACGAGAUCCCCGUGAUCCGCCAAGUCUGCGGGACUUUCAUUUCCACUCUUGUUCAGUAGCACACACUUUGCUUCUCCAAACCAACAGAAGAUCUCCAAACCAGUUCAUUAAAGUCACAUUAACAAUAAACAUACUGUAAUUGAACAAACUAUUGUUCAGCAUAUGUUCAGCUGACAGCAUAAUAUUCAGAACCAUUACCUUCUCAUUACCACCUUUGUAACUUUAGGUUUGAAUUUCAUCUACUGCUGUAGUAGCCCUGAGCAAGGUAUGUAAGUGUAUCCAGUAAAAAAAGUAUCCAAGUGGAUAAAUGAUUGCAGGUAAUUUAAUUCUGUAAGUUUCUUGGAAAUAAACAUUCAGAAACUCAGGUCGGGUCAGCAACAGUUUCUGUGCUUCUUUUCAAGAAU